CCGCGGCCCGCUCGUACGUAGUCGUACACGAAUGACGCAAUUGGCUUUUUCAAUGUCUUAUCUACAGUGAAGUAUGUUGUCAUUCGCCGAGUGACCGCCUCGCUGCGCACACGUCUCUCGCGCUCAGUUAUUUUUGUUUCACUUGUGUCUUUGUACCUUUUCGUCGUCGAGGACAGAGUGGCGAAUUGCGCGCUCUAUCGUGCCAGUGUUUUGAACUUUGUGUGUGACAUUGGAACUGUUUUAAUAAUUAGGUCUCGGAACAGCCAUCAUGUUUAUGUCAGGGUUUUUCAUCUUAUCCCCAGAUUUAUCUCUCAGAAUGACUCCGCAAGAGGAGCGGGAGAGCGCGCGCGGGGCGGAGAUCGCCGACGCUUUCGAGGACGACAUGUUCGGCCCACCGCGCACUGAGCCCGCCGCUCGCCCCAAGCUCUCCAUGAUCUCUGCGCGUCUGCGCGCUAACGAGGAGCGCAAGCGCGUCAUCGAGAUCUGUUCCCAGAAACUAGAGAACAUCGAGGACCCCGCUCGCGACCUUCGUCGUUCCGUUUGCAUCAAUAACACAUACUGCAGGCUCAGCGAGGAAGCGCGCAGAGAAAAGGAGGCCAGACGACGACGUGCGCGCGAGGAGUGCGACGACUCCUGGGUGGGAAAGAAAGCUCGGCGCGCGGUCGAAGACGAGUGCCUGGCACUGCUAGAUGCUAUCCCUGAACUAGGCGACGUGAACCUGGGAUGCGCACAGCUGGCGCGACAGAUGCCCCGGCAGGACGUGGCGUUGCUGCCGCCCUCGCUGCUAACGGUGCUCGACUCAUGACCGCGCCGCUCCGCGCACCUACACACCCCGCUGUGAUGCGAGCGUCCGAGUGAUAUGCUCGCGUGGCCCAAAUGCACGAGUCGCUGACCGCGUUACCGGACACUGCAUUUCGAGCGCGCACUUCGACUGUUCGAAUAUUUCGCGAUGCGUUCGGGAAGCCGCUCUAUAGCGGUCGCUCAAUGGACCAGACUAUUAUGUAUUUGUUACCCCCGAUGGACAGUAACGUUUAGCCAAUUCUUUGUUAUAGAAGAGUACUUACUUUGUUAGCGUGUUUUUUAUUAUUUAGUGAAAGUUGCUCAGGCGCUGCCGACGGGCGCGGUCCAAUUAGUGUUCAUCGAUCAUUUUUAUUGUCGGACUAGGACUUGGAUGAGCGUUUGUCGCCAUGUCGUGACGUCGCCUGCGAUGACGCGUAACGAGAUAAUAGUGAGGAAGUUUAAGAUUCGCAUUGAAGGAGUAAUAGU